UCCUCCGUGUUCUCUCGAGCAUCCCCCUUCUUUCUCACCCCUGCUGCAUUCCCGAGAGGGGAUGGGACGGGGCGCGAAGGUGUUCGACGUGUGAAGAGAGCCAUCGUGCGGUGGCAAGCACGUUGUUCGUCACUCGUUCGAUGAUCAGGUGGCCGACUCGACUACGUUAAAACGGUCUCGCAUCCGGACGAACCCGCGCGGUGGCCAUUUAUCAUCGGCGGAUGCCGGCCCGCGAUAUUCGGGAUCGCUCGCCGACGUUCUCGUACGCCGAUCCCGGUCCUCUUCAUGCUGGAACCAGCAAAUCGCGCGGACUCGCACGCUCAUCCUCGCCGACCGUAGACGGAAGUCGACAGGUAAGGCGGUUGAAAGAGAGGGAGACAAAGAAACAAAAAAAAAAUACACGGAAAAGAUAAGAAAACAGAGAGACAAGAAAAGGAAAAAGCGGUGACUUCACUCGACACACGGAAAUUAUUCCGCUCGCCUAUUGCUGUUCGUGAAAUUUAUGUCACUCGCUUAUGCAAGCCGCCUCGGUAGCCGUUGUUCGCCGCACGAUUUCGUAGUGGCCAUUUUGACGUCACCACACGAACGUUGUUUUGACGGUUUUCCUUCUUUUCUUUGUUUUUGGGAUUCGAUCGUCGGUUCGUGGUGGAUUGCUUUUAUUACGCGUAUCAGUCGAUGUGCUUGUUGAGAAGUGUUUCUGCGGAGAAAGUGGUCGCCGCGGAUUUUAGAACAUAUGGCGAGAAAAUUUCUGGGGCAUUUUUAUUCUAGUUGUUCAAGUAUUUUGUAGAGUUUCUAGAUGUAGUUUGAUUUAUUUAUUGAUUAUUUACGUUAGCUGUUUAUAUUUUAGCUUAUUAGAUUGAUUGUAGGAAUGCUUAUGAUUGUAGAUUUGAAUGGAAGUGAUUCUGCUUUGUUAUCCUCCGUCCACGUUGAAGUGCAUAAAAAUAAGCGCGUCAUGUUCUUGCUCCCGUCGUGAAACCAUCUUUGCCGGAUACCGAGGGGGACAGCGCCUCAUUAAACGCGGCACAGUCUUUGCGUGAAGAGUGUGCGUCACCUCGCUUUCUUUAUUUCGAUCUACGGAUUUUUGUGCAUCAGUGAUCAUGCCUUCGUAAACACGAAAAAGAAACAGAAAGGAAAGGAAAAAAACGAACAGGUUGAACGCUGUCAUGCAGUGAAACGUAAGGGGGUGGCGCGAAUUGUUCACGGAAAAUCGCUCGAUCUGAAGAAAGUAAAUUCGUAAAUUCCCGAAAGAAACUGGAUCGAAGGAAAAAUCGGAAACAAAGGAGAAGAGAGCAGAAAGUAAUGAAAUUCCGGGCGGAAAAUCGAAAUUCUCGAGAAAUCGCGGUAAAUCGGACGGAUUUCGUUUGAGGAUCUCUCGGUUUCUGGUUCCCCCGUGAAACGAAGCCGGUUUUUGCACGCGUUUCGGUUGACGCAAAUCGAGAAUUGAUUUCGAACGAAGGGGAGGAUGAAUGAUCCGAUAAGUGGCCGUUAAUAUUACGCUGAAAGGGACCGUUACUCCGAUUCUCUUGGACGUUUUGCACCACGCUGGGCGCGACGAGAAAUUGGCUUCGUCUCUUAACAAGUUCUGGUUUAAGGUGUGUGAAAAUGCCGGGUACUAAGGCAAUUGCACAGCUGACAAUCACAACGUGAGCGGUUUGUUCGUUUACGCGGAUCAUCCGGGGGAUAAUGAUUACAGAACAGACCUGGAGCAUGAUGCUGGACAGCGAUGUCGCGGGCAUCAAUGAGUAAGUAUUACGUGUGAACCUCGAUUACCGUCCUUCUUCUUCUUUUGUUUUUCAUUUACACCUAUUAGAACGUAUCUGCGCGUAUAAGGUGGAACGACAAACACCAUUUUCUUAAGGUUUUUGGAAUAUUGAGUAUCUAGCAAUUUUGCCUUUGAGAGAUUGGAAGUAUUGGUGUGGGUGCAAAAUCUUGGUUCAAUUGUUAAUGUGGUGUUUAUGUUUUAAUGUAUGAAUAAAUAUUAUGGAUGGUAAAUGCGACAACAAACAUCAUCUUCUUAAGAUUUUUGAGUUUUUUAGCAUGUAGGAAUUUUGCACUUAAGAAACGAUGGGGUUGGUUUGGCUAAAAAGUUUUAAUUCAAUUUUUAAUAUGGAGUUUAUGUUUUAAUAUAUAGAUAUAUAUUAUGAAUAAGCAAAUAGGUCGACAAAAAUCAUAUUUUCAAGGUUUUUGAGAUCUCGAGUGUCAAUUUUGCCCUUAAGAGAUGAAAAAUAUUGAUUUGGCUAAAAAAUCUUAUACCACUUUUCAUUGUAGCGUUUAUAUUUUAAUAUACAAGUAAAUACUACGAAUGAAUAAAGUAAAGAGCGAUGGGAAGUUCCUGAGAAGAUUUAAUGAAGGAAUUGUUUAAUGAAGCUUAAUUUAAUAGAGCGAAAUUUUCUGUUAUAUUUCCCUCAAAAACGUGAUACGGGCUUCUGGCUAAGGUAUUAGUAUUGUCAUCUACAAGUGUGUCUUUAGACAAAUUAUCGGAAUUUUCUUUGUUAAAUCGAACCACUAUAUGUAUAUUUCAACUUGUUUACAUGUACUUUGCGUAGAUUUAUUGACAUAAAAAUAUGUUUACAAGUAACAAAUUAUUGGUUCCUAUUAAAUGAAACAGUCAUAAUAAUCUGACGAAGACUUUUCUCAAAACUUUCUUGAUUUUCUACACGAGAAAACUGCUUUAAAAAAGUUCAUUCCGUUUUUCUAAACUAAGAAUGCAAGAACAUUGAAAUCUGAACUUAAGUAUUGAUAACUGAAGCUUAAAAUGAAAAUACUUCGAGAAGAAACUUAUAAUAAAUGGCGUUCCAUCUUAUGCGCACAGAUACAUACACUAUCGCUCAACAAUUUGGGGUUUUAAGUAAACAUUACACUAUAAAUGAUCUUGCAAAUACACAUUUUUAUAAAUGAAUUCACAAUAUUGUCUGUUCAAUCGAUAUUCUACGAUUUUGAGACUUUGAUUAGGUCGCAAAUAUCGUAUUUGAUAGAUCGACAGGUUUUGUAAUAAAUAAUAUUGUAUAAUAAUUACUACCAAAUGUUGGACGGUAGUUUCUAUACAUACAUGCAAAGAAGAUUCAAUUGUUUCUUUGUUUAAUGCGACACAUCAUUAACACAAUAACACUGUUCGGUUGAGUAUUUCCCCGAGGAAACAAUUAUGGAUCAAGGCCGUGAAGAAGCUGACUUCCGAGAGGCUGGGCAGGGAAGGACUAGCGGCGUGGGAGGAUCGGAAGUCCAGCAACGAUCCGGAAGUUCCAGACGACUCAGAAUCGGCCGAUGGAACCGAGGAUCCGGAGACUCCGGGGGACCCGGAGGUGGUUCUUGAUGGUCAGCCUGUUGACACCGAAGCUCAGACGCAGCGGGACGUUUUCAAGAAAGGAGUCCUCUAUAAAGGGAUAUUUUGUCCAUCACUGUCGAACAGCUUCCAUAGCAAGCAGCUCGAGACUUCGUACCUCCAUUAUUCAAACCGUCAACGUCAAAAGUCGCUGAUCAUGCUCAACAUCGUUGAUCUGAGCCUAAAGAUCGUUCUGUUGGCAAUAUGGCUGUGGCAAAGGGACGAGGACAGCGCCGGUUUGAUCGAAUCCUUGUCUUGGGCGAUCUGUUGCAUUGCGGCGAACAUGGUAGUCUGCAUUCUCGGCUGGUGGCGGUGUUUCUCCAAUAAUUAUUUAUACUGGGCUUCCAUAUUCACUUGGCUACUGAUCAAUUCGCAAGGUUUUAUAGGGGCCGGUCUAGAUUUUCCUAGUCAGCAGCGUCUAAUGUGGUAUAUUUUGUUUGUCGUGUAUGCACCGUACGCCAUGUUGCCGCUACCGUUGAGGUGGUGCGUCCUAGCUGGUUACGGGACAGCUUUAACCCACAUGGUUCUGGCGGGAGUAACUUUAUUACGAGAUCCCACACACCUGCACGAUGUCGCGUGCAUAGUUCGAAUGCUAACGACCAACGUGCUUCUUUAUCUUGCAAUGAAUCUAGCUGGCAUGUACACUAAGUAUUUGACAGACAGAGGACAGAGGCAGGCGUUCCUGGAGACGCAUCGAUCACUUGAGACCAGGCAGAGGACACAGAAUGAGAACAAUCGACAGGAGAAGUUGCUGCUCUCCGUUCUGCCAGAUUUCGUGGCAAAAGAAAUGAUUCGUGAUAUCGCUCGCGAAACAGCUAGAGGCGGAACCAUCUCCUUCACACCGAAUCAGUUUCACAGAAUAUACAUUCAUCGUUACGAAAACGUUAGCAUACUCUUCGCUGAUAUCAAAGGAUUCACUGCAUUGGCUAGCCACUGCAGCCCUCAAGAGCUCGUCAAGGUGUUGAACGAUUUGUUCGCCCGUUUCGACAAACUCUCCGCGGAGAAUCAUUGCCUCCGUAUAAAAUUGCUCGGUGACUGUUAUUAUUGCGUUUCCGGGCUGCCAACUGCCAGAAGCGAUCAUGCUCAUUGCUGCGUCGAAAUGGGUCUGCACAUGAUUAAAGCGAUAAGAGACGUCCGAUAUACGACAAAGGUUGAUCUGAACAUGAGAAUAGGAAUUCACAGUGGUUCCGUUCUGUGUGGAGUGUUAGGGCUUCGAAAAUGGCAGUUCGAUGUUUGGUCUUAUGACGUGACUCUGGCGAAUCAUCUUGAAAGCGGAGGAAUUCCCGGGAGGGUGCACAUCUCGGAAGACACUCUCAAUUGUUUAAACGACGUUUACGAGGUGGAACCAGGAAACGGGACGGAAAGGGACAAUUAUUUGAAAGAAAGGAACGUGGUAACGUAUUUGAUCAAGCAGGUGGAGCCAUUAAGGUCUAGAAGGAGGUAUUCUUCGCGACCUAAGAUAUGGUCCGAAGAAGAUGGCGGUAAGAGUAAAAAGAGUUUCAAAUUAAACAAUCCACUGGCUGCGAACAGCAGCGCGCCGAAUUCUUCGACGGAAGACGACAUUGGAGUCGAUUGGACACCGGAAAUCCCAUUCGAAAAUUUGAAUACCGCUACAUCAGUGAGCAAUUUGGAAUCGGAAUACCUCGAGGAAGAAAAUGGAUCUGGAAAAGGUAAAGGCAUGAGCCCGGCUGACAAGUUGAAGGCGGCUGGUCUCGAAACCGCGAGCAACAAGCGUAUGAGAUCAGCGAAUAUAAACGCCUGGACUUUGCGUUACAAUGAUGAAAGCCUAGAAUCAAAGUUCGGCCAGUUGCGCGAGGAUAUGUUUAAAUCAAACAUGAUCUGUUGCUUCGUUGUGUGGAUAUUCAUCGCGAUCUGCCAGGCCGUUAUUUUACCUGACUGUACAGUCCUCCUAUUAUCUUUACUGUUAACAACGUUGAUCCUAGUCGCGUCGUCCAUCUUAGUGAUGGCGGAGGAGUUCAAGAGCCUUCCGACGUAUUUGCAGCACGCCUCGUCGAUGUUGGUCCACAACAAACGACACCGGACCCUCUUUAUCUGCGUCGUGAUCAGCCUGAUGGCCCUGACAUCGAUCGUCGGCGUUCUCGCGUGUCCUACGUCGAUCCGACGAUAUCCGGAGGCUCUUGUCCUCGAGCAACAGCAAUUGAUCCCACCGACCUUGAAGCCGGAACGUUUAGUGGCACCCACCGUCGGUCUUGAUCAGUUUAUAUUGACGUUUUUAGAGGCAGCCCUUCGGGACGAGCCUUCCGAAGAACAGGGACACGUCUCUGUGGAGAAUCGAACGAACCUUCAUAGCUCUAACGACAUUGAGACGGAAUUGACGGGGAUCGAUGGCAGGACUGGACUGCCGAAGGGUCGGAGGGGGAAAGAAUUCUUCAGGUUUGGUAGCGAAGAAGUCGCUUCGAGGAAGAUAUUGUCAGCGCCGGAUGCCCAGGCGGAAGCGUUGUACUCCUCGGAUUACGACGAUGACGUUUUAGAAACAACCUGUGUACGACCAGAAUACAUUGUUUUCACUUGGAUUUUAUGUUUGAUCGCGCUCGCCUCAGCUUUGAAAUUGUAUUAUUUGGUGAAAACGGCACUGGCCACCAUUAUCGUAUCGGUCUACGCAGUACUAAUUCUAGUGGUCUGCAAGGACUUCUUUUCGAUCCCCGAUGAGGAGAAGAAUCUAACGUCCAUACCACUGUCGGCGCAAAUGUUGACGUUCAUGUGCGUGUUUCUUGUGAUGGUCACGUAUCACGGUAGAUUAGUGGAAGUGACGUCCCGACUGGAUUUCCUCUGGAAGCAACAGGCUGAAAGAGAGCUUAGCGACAUGAUCGAAUCACGGCAUAAUAAUAUGCAACUGCUGAAGAACAUUUUGCCGGAUCACGUGGCUCAUCAUUUCCUGACGCAAGAACGGGCACCCGAGGAACUUUACUCUCAAUCUCGAGACAAAGUUGGAGUGAUGUUCGCCAGUGUACCAAAUUUCACAGAAUUCUACUCGGAAGACGUGAACAAAGGGAUGGAGUGUAUACGAUUGUUAAACGAAAUUAUAGCCGAUUUUGAUGAACUGCUUGACGAGAAUCGGUUCCAUUGUAUCGAGAAGAUCAAGACGGUCGGAGCGACUUAUAUGGCGGCUUCCGGUCUAAAUCCUUGCGAAAACGACAAAACUAAAGACGACAUGGAGCAUCUGUGCCGAUUAGUGGACUACGCGGUGGCCAUGCGACUUCGCCUCGAAGACGUGAACAUACACUCCUUCAAUAAUUUCGAUUUAAGGGUGGGAAUCAGCUGUGGGCCGCUCGUGGGUGGUGUGAUCGGCGCAAGGAAGCCUGUGUUCGACAUUUGGGGCAACACGGUCAACCUGGCUUCGCGUAUGGAUUCCACGGGUGUCAUGGGGAAGAUUCAAGUUCCGGAGGAAAUUGCCAGGUUCUUAGAAUCAAGAGGAUAUCAGACGCAGAAGAGAGGAUUCAUCGAAGUGAAAGGUAAAGGAACAAUGGAGACUUACUUUGUCUUGGGCAAGGGAAGCUUGCAGGAGCAAGCCUCGACGAAACACACGACAAGAUGUCGAAGUCUCGCGGCCGUCGUGUAUGGUGUCGUACAAGCACGCCGCAAGCAAAUGCGAGCGCUUCGAAGGACAUAAGUCUAGUAAUCGGUUUCUUUUUUCGAUUUGCUAGUGCCUAGAUGCUCAAACGGUCCAUUUUCUCUGAAAAAGAAGGAAGAAGCAUGAAAUAAUUCUUUUGUUUUACAUUGCUCUGUUUUGUUUAUAAGUAAGUAUAUACCAAUAAUUAUAUUAAAACGUUAAAUGAUAUUGAUUUUGUGAGUUUUAGAAAUUUGGAGGAUGUCAAAGAAUACGUAGGUACUGGUAAUACGGUUAAUCAGUAGUGCCAUUGUACUGAGUCAUAACAUUUGUUUUAUUACAUAUUUAUUUAUUAAAAUGACAGAUUCCGUCUUGCAAAAAUGAUGUAAGGAUUACUUAGGUUACUUUUAUUAUUUGCAUUUGUAGUUACACGUAAAGACUGAUAAUUUUGUUUAAUUAUUAACCCUUUGGACUUCCAGAGUUUGCUAUCAAAAAUACCGAACACACUUUUUGAUGAAAUAUAGUCAAUAUUUCUUAAAACUAAUUUAACGAGAAAUUCACAUAUUAAUGCAUCAUACGAAACUUAACAUUAAAUAUUAUACUUCAUAAUUUUGCUGUACUAAAUCGAGUCGCGACUGAGAAGCACAAAUAGAGUGCAAAAGGUUAAUGAAUCUUUCUUUUAAUAACGUCAGUUAUACAAAUCUCUCAAAUUCUUAACGUUUUCUAAUAUCCGAGAAAAUUGAUAUCCAUGAGAAGCAUAAAAUUAUUAAUUAUACUCUUCAAAACACUUUGCAUCUUUACAAUCUUUCAAUUAUUUAUUAUUUGUUGUCGAUGAAAUUUUUACUCGAUGGAUUCUUUCCUUCUUCUGGAAAUUAAGAGCUUUGGACCGUUUGAUGUACCUUACCCUCUAAUUAAACUAAAACCUUAAUAAAUGACACGGAAUUGCGAAUAACAUAUUAACCGAUAAUAAUUUCAUUUAUCGAAUGUCUGGUUAAUACGUUAAUUGUUUGAACAUAGUGUCAAUCAUUGAACAUGAAACAUUGCAUUUGUAAUUACAUUAAAGUUACUUGCAUUGUUUUACUUUUUCUUUUAUUUUAGAAGUGUAACCCUUUCGGAGAAUGCUUUUUAAACUAUUUUGCAAAUUUUCGAUAUUAGUUAAUGUUACUGAAGGCAAAAAUAAUUGUUUUAAUUUAAUUAAUAAUGUUUACGUAAAUUAUUCGUCACAUUCAUCUGAAAUUUUAAAUAAUAAUACGAUAUAUUGUCCUGAUCGUUUCCCAAAGGGUUGCAAUAAAAAUGAUUAUUUCGCAACUAAAAGAAUGAGAAGAGUAUAUAUUUGUAUAGCAAUUUAAGAGUUUUAUAGAGUAUGUCAAACAUUCGUCUUAAUCGAUGCAUCCAAAUUAUUAGUCAAAUUACUUCCUCCAAUUUCGCGGUACCGAAUAAAUAAAUAUAAAUGUAAAGCUCGAUGAUUGUAAAGUUCACCGAAAUUGUAUUUAUAUCUAGUCAAGCAAUAACACCACAAUUGACCAAGUAACACAUCAAUUGACAAAAGAAAAAACAAUAAAAAAAUAUUCACACGAAAAAAGACAGUCUCCAUUUGUAAAGAAACAAUGAUUCUGGAACCGAACGAAUAAAUUUCUUUUUAAUACAAUCGGAUCACGGACGUGUUCUGCUGCUUUAA